UAUAUUUACAGACUGCUAUCGACCUCCAUAUUAUCAUAAAAACUACUCAUUUUUAAACACUACGUCUUCACGAAUAUUCCCUUCUAAAUUCCUCUGAACUAUUACUACCUUUUUUUUUUUUUUUUCAAACAAGCACUACCCUUUAUAAGCUUAUAAAAUCUUCCUCUCUAACUUAAUUCAUUUCAUAUACACAUCACUUUGACCUAAAAUGGAUUGUUUUCCGAGGACCAAGCGAGUAACGUCGGACCUUCUCGGUGACAAGGUCAGGGCUCGAAUCUUCGGUCUUGAUCGGUCCAGCAGCGGAAGUGAACACGCCAGAGAAAGCGACGACGAAUCGCUGUCUCUCUCCGAUCUCGUUGAUGGCUUUCUCGUAGACGAUGAUGCCAGUGUUCAGUUGUCGGAAAAUGAGUUAGAUUCAGGGAGCGAUCGGUCAAUUUCUACAGCAGCGAACGUGAUUCAAGACUUAAUACGUAAGGCGGUUACUGAUCGAGCUGAUUCCUUCAAGAAUGAACUAGUGGCGCGUGUUUACAGUGCUAUGGUUGCGUUCUCCAGUGUCACACCGGACAAACUCAUUCUCCGGCGAAGGGUUAUGGCUUUUCUCCGAGACUGUGGAUACAAUGCCGCGAUUUGCAAGACCAAGUGGGAGAGCUCCGGCGGACUCACCUCCGGCAACUACGAGUUCAUCGACGUAGUCCGAUCGGACCUAAACGGACGUUAUUUUAUCGAACUCGACCUCGCCGGAGAAUUUGAGAUCGCGAGACCUACUAAUCAGUACGAGCAAAUGUUUCAGGCACUGCCUAGGGUUUUAGUAGGGAGGAGUGAGGAGUUGAAGCAGAUCGUGAAGGUGAUGAGCGACGCAGCGAAGCUGUCGUUGAAGAGUAGAGGUCUGCACCUUCCUCCGUGGAGGAAGAACCGAUACAUGCAGAACAAAUGGUUCGGUCCUUAUCGUCGGACGAUGAAUUUCAUUCCGGCAAACUCCUCGUCUUUUCCUCUGCCGCCUAAACCGACGUUAGCUGUCAAAUGCCGGUCGGUUGGUUUCGACGCCGUUAACGGCCGUUUGCUUUCGCCCGCGAUAACUCGUACAAGAUAAGGAAAAGGAAAAUAGUUUUUUUGGGUUAAGGGAUAAGGAAAAUAGUAGAGUGUUCCAACUAACAACAAUUAAAAACUUUUUGUCGUGUUGUAAUAGUUAAGUUUAUGUAAUGUACUCCAAUGUACAACGCGUACUUAACGCCGCAUAGUUUCACAAUCGUACUGGAAAAUGGGUUUUUUCUUUUUCCCUUGGCUUGCCAGAGGGUUUGUCCUCCUGGUAAUCGCAAUGUUCUACUGCAGCGUUCUUGAUUCUCAA